CACACACACACACACACACACACACACACACAUUGGGGGCAAGGGAACGGCUAACCUCGAACUGAAGAUGAGGAAUACGGCUCUUGCAGAUCAUCGCCAGCCUCAUCGCCUGAUGGUAAGCGAACCCCCUCUGGCCGACCAACAUCCGCCUUACCCGAAUAUUUAAACCCAGGUCGAAGAAGGGUUCCAACGUCUCAAUCAUCUGCCAACGCUUCUUCAUCACUCGCCCAAGCAUUCGCCCAAGCAUAAUUACGGGUAUUUCUUUUCUACUCGCCGUCAGUCUUUCUGCUAUAGACCUACAAGCAAGCAGUACAACAAGAUAGCCUCAAUCUUUGCUGGCAACAUUUGCUCCCUAUAAACAUUCUAGUCUAGACUAAUAUAGUUUCGCCUUUCAAAAUACCUUUGCCAUCCAAAUUACAUCCAUCUCCCUCGCCAACAUGCGUUUCCAGACCACCGUUGCCCUCAUCGCUGUUGUCGGCAUGACCGCUGCCACGGCCGUCCAGCCGCGCCAGGACAUCAGUGCUGACGACGCCGAAUUAACCAGAAAGUGCAAGGCGGCCGCCGAGACCUUGGACAAGGAAGUUAAAACGCCCGAGACCCUGGAGAAGAUCUUCAAGGCGGACGUGUGCGAGUUGAUCAAGCUCGAGAAAGAAUUGGACCCAAAGAAGCUCGAGGAGGAGGCAGUCAAGUAUAACAAAGACCUCGAGACGUGGGCUGCACAGAGCGACGAGAACAUGGAGACGCUCACGGAAGCCACUGUGUGCCUCGUCACCGCACUGGCUGUGCUUGGCGCCGCGGGCGAGGUCCUCAAGCAGCAGGGCGUGAACGUCGAGAAGGCCCUCGAGGAUGCGCUGAAAGAGGAGGCCAAGAAGUGCAAGGACAGCCCGUCGGCAAUUGGCACCCCAUACCCAACCAACCCAGGCACUGCUACAACUAGCCCUGCCAAGGAUGCCAGUGCUCGCUCGGUAGUGCCACUGGGCCUAGGAGCUGUUGCUUUCGUCGUUUUGGCCGUUUUGGUAUUUUAAAUGUGCAGCCGAGACUAGGACCUUACUUACCCUCACAGCUGCUGUGGUCGGAGAGACGCAGAGCAGAAGAUACAUGUAAUACCAACAGACACAAACCAGUGUUGGAUCGGCGUUCAAUCUAGAUCAUAACCUUAAUGCUAUAUGUUUGAGUUUGUAACAAACCCGUUUGCC